AUGAUUUCUCGAAAUCGCUCCGGUCGGCGCAGAAGUGCUGCUCUAGCCUUUAUCGCCAUCGCUGUUCUCGUCCUCAACUACACAGGCCUCUUGUCAUUGCCGUUCAGCUUCGAGGAACCCCCACAACCCGAUCGCCCAGAUUUUGAUCUUGCACCACCAUGUGCCCCAACUCUCGAUCAUUUACGACGCUCCUCAUACGGCCUAACGAGGGACGUCAUUUACCAAAAACGCUGCAUCCGCCCCGUUAUAGACAAGAAGCUUGAUAGCCAAGUUGUGUCGCAGAACCCGGAUGCCUUGAUCAAGAGCGGCCAAAUCGUUCAACUUGACCAGGCUUGUGAAGGAUGGACCGAAUCGACUUGCGAACCAGUCACUCUUAGGGUGCCUCCGCCGUACCCUCAGCAGGACUACUCUGGAUUUUUGUUCGGUGUUGCGACAAAUCUUGAUCGAUUGAAUGAAUCCAUGUCACAAUUUGAGAGUUGGCUCGGCAAUACACAUGCGCAAUUACUUGCGAUUAUCACCGAUCCCGGCGACGAGUCCAAGUAUAAACAAGUCACUGAGCAGUUUCGUCAGCGCGGGAUCGAACUCAGCAUCAAGGAUCCAUGGAACAAGGCCAUCACCUCCAACGAGCAGCACUUUGCAAUCGUCCGCGAUCUUCUAGCGCACGUUACCCCAAAGACACAGUGGACUGCUAUAGUCGACGACGACACCUUCUUUCCUUCCCUUUAUCCCAUGAGUAAGAUUCUAGGCAAAUACGACCACAAGCUUCCAGCAUAUGUGGGUGGGUUGUCGGAGAAUUAUGAUGCGGUCAAGCACCAUGGCUACAUGGCUUUUGGAGGAGCAGGAAUCUUCCUCAGCCCGGCCCUGCUUCGCGAGCUUGACCCUCAUCUGGAGGAAUGCCUCAAAGUUGACCAUGUGCCUCAAGGCGAUGGUCUUCUCAAGCAAUGCAUCUACAGCAAGACCAAGACGAAGCUAACCGUUGUAAAAGGGCUUCAUCAGCUGGAUAUGGGUGGAGAUAUGAGCGGUUUCUAUGAGUCCGGUCGUCUGCCAAUGAGUUUACAUCACUGGAAGUCAUGGCACCAAGCCCCUGUUGACAAGAUGGUCAAGAUCUCCGAAUUUUGUGGAAGUUGUUUCCUGCAACGCUUCGCUUUUGGCUCCGACACUGUCUUGACAAACGGAUACAGUAUAGUCCAAUACUCUGCAGGCUUGGAGAGCGUGGACUUGAACAAGAUGGAAGGAAGCUGGGAGGGCGCUGAAGGGUUUGACUGGAGUCUGAGCCCCAUGAGAUCCAAGAUGGAUCGACGCUUGAAGAAGAGCUAUCAUUUAGUCGACACCGAAGUGGUUGGCAAGAAUAUCCGACAAAUUUACAUUCACCGUCUCGAGGAUGACAUCCCCGGCCCGGACGAGAAGUCGAAAGACCUCAAGAAGACGCCACCCAAGGUAGAGGAGAUGAAGGAUGAGGUGAUAGAAUUGUUGUGGGAAUUAUGA